AUGGCUUUCUGCCUUGUCCCCUCUGGCUUGGAGACCGUCUCCUUCAGAAUCGCUUCAUCUUUGCUUUUUGCACAUCUCUCAUCUGCAUCGUCCCUGUUUCAGCGCCUCUUUUCCUCACUCACUCACCCACCACUAUUAUCCAUCAUUACAGUAAAUCUUCUUCCACCUCACUGUGCGAGCUCCGUGUCAAGAUGGCAUGCGGAUUUGACCGGGGUCCACAGCGCCGGACUACUAGGUUUUGCUUUUCUUGCCUCUCUCUUCUUCCUUCGCGUCCUGCGGCCUGCUCUUCAGGCCCUUGUCACUUUUCACAUUUUCUGCACUGUGUCUCAACUGCAUCAUACAUACUCCAUCGCAGAAGAGCUUGCAUCAGGGGGGCAGAGGGGAGGCCUGUGCCUGAUGUCUCACACCACAGCUGGCCAAAUUCUCGGCCACCAGAUGCUGAGAGACAUAUACGGCAGCCAACUACGUCUGGGCGUCCCCACUCUCACACACACUCUCUCGCGGCCUCCCGUUCAUCCCAGUCUCCCCUUCCCCUCCGCCCAAGGCUACCGGUAUCUCACAGACAUACGCUUUCUCUGUCCUCUGUUGAACCCCACCACCACCACCACUACCACUGCAGCUGAGGAAAACCGGAGACGCGUUCUUGCUCUCACGUCUGACAAUGGGGCCCUUCCGGCCUCCCUGCUUCUUUCCGACCUCACCAGUGGAAGUCUACCGGUUGUCUUGCAAUGCUCGGACAUUCAAGAGCGUGUGGAUUGUGAACCAUCCACCCUACCCCCCUUGUCGUCCAUCAUCCUCACCCUUCACCAACCCGCGAUCCUUGAACAAGCAGAAGCGGUUCAUGCAGGUACUCUUUCUUCUUCGUCGAGUGUGUCCCCCGGUCGGUUCUCCGAGUCUCCAGCUGCCUGGCAGCAGUUCCUCGGCCGUGGUCAACCCCGGUCAAAUUUGAUCAUGAUGUAUCCGUAUCCCAGCAGCCCCAAACUUGGACUCGGCUGUGUACCCUGCCAGUUGCUCCAGAUUUGGACUCUUUGCUUUCUCAACUCAGAACCCAUGCAGACAGGCAUAGCCCUGAGCCUGUCCUUCUAUCUCUCUCUGUCUCUCUGUCUCUCGCCUGCCAUGCCGGGAUCAAGAAUCGUAGGCGAACAAGAGAGCAACUGGCUCGAGCUUGUCUUUUGGAUCAACAGCUUAAGCCGCCCAGUGUACCGGACGACGAAACAGACUGGACUGAACUGGACUGGACCCUCUUCUUCCCGCCGCAAGAAACGCUCUUCUGCUCUAGACCCUCACCAUCCUCUCGUCCAUAGAUUGGUGGAUCCCGCGAAGGAGAUUAGAGCCCUCUCUGUGUGUCUCUGCCCUCCUCUCCUCCCCCACCACCACCACCAUCACGUCUUCAAACUCCACGCCCAUUCUUCCCACACCUACACCCCCCGGCUGGCUCUUCGCAGCUCUCCCUCCCACGCUCCACUCCACCUCCACUAUCACGUACUCAGACCUCGAUACAUUCCUAUCUGGGGCUCUCUGUCUCUCCCAGUUGGGGCGUCAUCUUCAUCUCCGUCCCCCUCCGUCCCACGAUAUAAUACUGCCUCGACUGCUCGUCUGUGGAACGCUUCCAUUAUCCCAUCAUUCUUCAUCUUACUUUUAACCGGACAACUCGCUCCCUCUUCAGAAACGAAUUCACCCCCUCUCUCGAACAACAGCGAGUAA